AUGGCAUCGAGUGAGCUCCCGUGUUACACCCUUAUUCACGUGCCCAAUGAUGUCGAGUUGCCGAGCGAAGCACAGUUGAAGGAGAAAUUUGAAAAAGGCGACGAUAAAUCGAGAUGUGAUGCCUUGAAAAAGUUGAUCUACAUGAUUAACAGCGGAGAAAAGAUGAGCCCGGGAAUGUUGAUGUAUGUGAUUCGAUUCUGUUUGCCGUCAAACGAUCACACGCUGAAGAAAGUGUUGCUCCUGUUUUGGGAAAUUGUGCCAAAGACGAAUCCACAAGGAAAGUUACUUCACGAGAUGAUUUUGGUGUGUGAUGCUUAUCGAAAAGAUCUUCAGCAUCCAAAUGAGUUUGUUCGAGGAUCAACAUUGAGAUUUUUAUGCAAGCUGAAAGAGCCAGAGUUGUUGGAACCUUUGAUGCCCGCAAUUCGUUCUUGUCUCGAACAUCGUCACUCAUAUGUCCGACGCAAUGCUGUCUGUGCCAUAUUUACAAUCUACCGCAACUUCGAGUUUCUUAUUCCCGACGCGCCGGAGCUUGUUUCUAACUUCCUUGAAGGUGAACAAGAUGCCGCGUGCAAGCGUAAUGCUUUUAUGAUGCUUCUUCAUGUUGAUCAAGCUCGUGCUCUCGAUUUUCUUUCCGGGUGCAUCGAUCAAGUGACUCAAUUUGGGGAUAUUCUGCAAUUGAUCAUUGUCGAACUUAUCUACAAGGUCUGUCACACAAACCCAUCGGAGAGGGCUCGUUUUAUCAGAUGUGUCUACAAUCUUUUGCAAUCACAAUCACCCGCUGUUCGUUAUGAAGCUGCUGGCACCUUGAUCACUCUCUCUCCUGCCGCAGCCGCCAUCAAAGCUGCCGCCUCUGCCUACAUUGAAUUGAUUGUUAAAGAAAGCGAUAACAAUGUCAAGCUUAUCGUUCUCGAUCGUUUGAUGGAACUCCGUUCAAAUGCGGCCAGUGAGCGCGUGCUUCAAGAGCUUGUAAUGGACAUUCUUCGUGUGCUCUCUUCUCCAGGGUUUGAAGUUCGCAAAAAGACUUUGAGCUUGGCACUUGAUUUGGUCUCAAGUCGUAAUGUUGAAGACAUGGUCAUGUUCUUGAAAAAGGAAAUCAGCAAGACGUCGAAUGAAUCGGCUGAUGAUGCAGCUCGUUAUCGUCAAGAACUUGUGCGAACGCUUCACACAGCUACAAUCAAAUUUCCUGAUGUUGCGAGUCAAAUUGUUCCUGUUCUUAUGGAGUUCCUGUCGGAUGACAGUGAGUUGGCGGCCGUUUCCGUGGUUGAAUUUGUUCGCGAAGCUGUGCAUAAAUUGCCUCAUUUGAAACCAGUGAUCGUGCAAUCGCUUCAGGAAGGACUGCUUGCUAUUCGUAAGCCAAAAAUCUUCAUGUCAGCUUUAUGGAUUCUUGGCUCGUACUGUGAUACGACCGAAUCUAUUAAUGAGGUGAUGCAUUUGGUAAAACAGUCCGUUGGUGAGCUUCCAAUUGUCGAUUCGGAGCUGCGACUUCUUGAAGGUGGUGAUGAAUCAAAAACUGAAGAUGUAAAGGCAGCACAGAAGACUCAAAAACAACUUGUCACCGCUGAUGGAACUUACGCCGCCCAGUCUUCGCUUUCGCAAACGACUCGCACUGGGGAAGACAAUCGCCCACCAAUGAGACGUUUUUUGCUUGAUGGAGAAUUUUUCCUUGGCGCCACUCUUUCAACGAUUCUCAAUAAAUUGGCCGAGCGACAUGCCAAAAUCAACAGAGGUAAGCAAGCUCGUGUGAAUGCUUUCAAGGCAGAAAUCAUGUUCAUUCUCUCGUCAGUUGUGAAUCUUGGCAAAAGCGGUUUGUCUAAGAACAACAUCACCGAAGAUGAUCUUGAUCGAAUGAGCACCACCAUCAAAGUUCUCGCAGAAGGGUGCCCUGGAGCUGAAGAAAUUUUCCUUGAAAAAUGUCGUGAAAGUCUUGAGAUUAUGCUUGCUAAUAAACACGAGGAAAAGCAGGAGGAGCAAGAUAAGAAAAAGAAAAAUCAUGUUGAGGUCGAUAAGACAAUUGUCUUCACCCAACUCUCAGCUCGCGCCGAUCAAGUAGCCGGAGAUAAUCUUUUCGAUUUGUCCCUUUCACAGGCUCUUGGAACUGCUCCAAAAUCAUCAAAAUUCGACUUCUCUUCCUCGAAAUUGGGAAAAGUUAUCCAACUUGCUGGUUUCUCAGACCCAGUCUACGCUGAAGCUUAUGUCAAUGUUAAUCAGUACGAUAUCGUGCUUGAUGUGCUCAUCGUGAAUCAGACGGCUGACACUUUACAAAACGUUUCCUUGGAGUUAUCGACAAUGGGAGACUUGAAGCUGGUUGAAAAGCCAACUCCUUGCACUUUGGCCCCACAUGACUUCACCAAUAUUAAGGCAACCAUCAAAGUGGCUUCUGCUGAAAAUGGAGUGAUCUUCUCGGUGAUUUCGUACGAUGUUCGCGGUUCUCAAUCUGAUCGAAACUGCGUUUACCUUCAAGACAUCAAGAUUGAUAUUAUGGAUUACAUUGUGCCUGGAACAGUCACCGACACGGAAUUCCGUCAAAUGUGGAACGACUUUGAAUGGGAAAACAAGGUUACCGUCAAUACACCAAUCAAGAACUUGCGUGAAUUCCUUGGACACAUUUCAGCGAUCACAAACAUGCGUUGCUUGACAGGAGAUGCAGCUCUAGCUGGCGAAUGCGGCUUUUUGGCGGCCAACUUCUGUGCCCAUUCGAUAUUCGGAGAAGAUGCUCUCGCGAAUGUUUGCAUCGAGAAAGCAAACCCAAUUGAUGAGGAAAGUCCAAUUCUUGGGCAUAUUCGAAUCCGAGCCAAGAGCCAAGGAAUGGCAUUAACCCUUGGAGACAAGAUCAAUAUUGCCCAACGAGAGCGCAAGAAGGGAACCCGCCCCAUUGCUCUUGCUGCUGCU